AUGCACCUGUGCUUAGAAAAUCACUCAAAAAACUUAGUCACACUAUGGCAAGGAAAAUAUAAAGGGUUGGACGAAGGAAGUGAAAGCUAUUGUAUCCCGGACAAUGUCUGGGAAAUAAUUGGAAAAGAAACAGCUCUGGCUGGCAAUACAAUACCUUCGUCUUUUGGAUGCCAUACCCCCAACAUCUGGAGUGAAAAACACCUUUUUACAGCUGAAGAUUGGGCUUUCUGGAUGGUCCACAUCGCGCCGUAUGUCCUCAGAAACCACUUCAACUGUCCCAAGUACUACAAACAUUUCAUGAAAUUUAACUCAAUCCUUAAACGUGCCCUGACAAAACACACGAUCCAAUAUUCUUUCACGGAGCAAGAUCUGGAUGAGCUUGAGCAGGACAUUGUUGAGUAUGUGAAAGAAUAUGAAAUUAUUUACUACCAGUUCUCCGCACAACGACUGUCUACCUGCCCCCUCAUGCUGCAUGUGCUUCUUCAUAUCCCAUAUGACAUCCGAAACAAUGGGCCACCAUGUAACAAUUGGACCUUUAUCAUGGAGCGGUGGUGUGGCUCACUUUUACCUGCCAUCAAGUCUCGAAAGGAGCCGUUCACAUGCCUUGCACUAAGACAGUACCAGAAAGUGCAGUUAUUCGAGGUUGUCAAUCGGUACAACUUAGUUGAGCUGAUGCCACAAAGGCGGGAUAUGGAUGUCCCUUCACGGUACGAGCAACUGUUUAAAAAGUCCGCUUUUAUUUCAGCUAACUCCAUUUAUGCAGAUCUAAUAUCUUUUUUACGCAAACCUGUCGUCCAGCAAUAUAUCCCUGACCUAUCUAUUCGAAAAAAGAUCGCCAAGCAUUUGACAACAUCUUUCGGUGGCUCGAUCGGGUCCUGGCUGGAUAUCCUGCUACCAACAAUGCCAUGUUGGGCGAAAGUUCACAUCGGAAAUGGAGGCGAUCUUAUUCGAGGGGCCGUUGGGCAGAUGACUGGCCAGCGGGCCUUCUGUGAUGCUUCCUUUGUUCGUUAUGAAUUGCAUGCUGAUGCAAAUGCGCACCGUCCACGAGCUAAAGAGAAGUUUGUUCGUACUGUCUACUAUGGGUGUCUCAAAUAUAUCCUACAGUGCACCAUCCCACCAAAUCCCAUAUCCAAAAAUACCGAACCUGAAAUUGUUCUUCUUGCUGUUGUGACCACUUGUGGUACACAGGGACGCGAUGCCACCCUAGAGCUGACGUAUUUCAAGGCCGUCACAUCGUACAUUGAAAUCGUCGACCUGGCCUCCAUUUGCGCAGUGGUUGGUCGCAUCCGAAUCAGUGUGGUAGAUCCUCAAUGGGCGAUUGUUGACUGCAGCGGUUCCUGGGCUCGCACCGUAUUCACAGACGACUCGCUAGCUGCAGGUGUAGAUGUAUCCCAGCGAAGUGAACUCUGAUGGAAAAUGAACUCGGAUCAGCGCUGCUGCAACCCCACAUGCGCGCUAUGUGCAAGCCAGCAAAGACUCUUUUUUCUGUAUUAUUCCCCUUAUAAUUGCGUUUGUCCUGGCCCUCGCAACCUUGGGACCAAUGUGCUUAGAUACUGAAUGAAGUCUUAUUUCGCUCCUAGUAACUUGAGUCUACACAAGAUAAAAUCGUGCUCUAUUCAGCCUCCAGCGAAGCCGUGGCGACGGUCUGUGGAAUGACAUGAUUAAAAUCGUGCUCGGUGCAACCUCUGCUAAACCGAAGGUGAGAGUCCCUGGAACGAC